UGAUACUAUUUGGAGACGACAUCCCGAGGGAGGGAAAGGCGAAGGCAGAGGGGCAAAGGCAGAGGCAGAGGGAAGAAGGUUUACAUGAGGAGGAGGAGGAGGAGGAGGAGGAGAACCAAAAGUCUUGAUUGACUUAAACCAAGUGGUGCUCUUUGAGAGAGGGUUCAUUGAGGUUUUCCGAUCGCUGCCUUCUGCUCGGAGUGGAGAUCCGUGGCCCGGCAAGGAAGGGACCGCUGGUGGCGGAGGAGGAGGAGGAGGAGGGAGAUGGGUAUAUCCUUCAGACUAUCGAAGUCCGGGAAGCGGUUCCGGCCGAAGCCGAUCUUGGUGCAAGAGGAGACCGGCCCAUCCGGCGAGGAAUCCAAGGAGAGCUCUGGCGUUCUCGUCGGAGCUGGGUCGAAGCGCGAGGUUGAUGAUACCGAGGCUGCAAAUGACACCGGUGACGUAUUUCCAGCAGAGCAUGAGGUUUCUUUUACCUUGAACCUUUAUCCAAAGGGAUACUCCAUUGGGAAACCAACCGAGAUAGAGAAUUGCCAGACUCUGCUUCAAGAUGUUAAGCCAUUGCAUCCAUAUGAUAAGGCAUCGGAGACACUUUUUUCUGCAAUUGAGUCAGGGUGGUUACCGGGAGAUAUUCUUGAUGAUAUACCUACCAAGUACUUUGAUGGGGCCAUUGUCUGCCAGGUACGGGAUUAUAGAGAUCACAUAUCUGAACAAGGAACUGCUACCACAUCCUUUGUCAUGCCAGUUUUACGUAAAGUGCGGUUAAGGAUGUCACUGGAAAAUGUCAUUAAGGACAUGCCUUUUAUAGCUGAUGAUUCUUGGACCUACAGUGACCUAAUGGAAGUGGAGGCACGUAUUCUCAAAGUUCUGCAACCGCGUCUUUGUUUAGACCCUACACCAAUGUUGGAUAGGCUUUGUAAAGACCCUAGUGCUACCAAGCUGAAUCUUAGUUUUGGAAGAAAGAGGAAACUGCAGCAAAUUGCUGAGGUGACUGUUACAGCCAAUAACCAAAACCUUGGGAAAAGUAUUUGCACUGAUAGGAAACCUGGGAAUCCUAACUGUGGACAGGGAGGUGCGGGAACUUCAGUGUGCAAUGCAUCACUUCAACAAGUUUAUGAGAAUAUUUCCAUGCAACAUGGAUCAAGUGGGGUUCCAUCCUUCAGACGUAACAAUGUUGGACAUGAAGCCACCAGACAAACUUUGCCUCUGCAUUCCGAGUUCAUGCUUCAACCAGCUAUCAACUCAUCUGCUAUUGCAGAGGAUCGUGCAGCUGGACUUCCAAGCAACUUUUCUGGAGUUAAUGCAAAAAUUUCCUUGGCUCAGAACAUGAUAAGCUCUUAUGCUGACACAGCUGGCAGUAACUCUGCUAGUUCUUUGAAGAGGGAGAACCCAGAUGCCCAGUUGACACCUUUAGCAGCCAUGAAGAGACCAAAGCAGACACCAGUAAGACUAGAUGACAUCCAGCAGCAACAGCAAACAGGGCCUCCAUUGGUUGGCCUUACUGGCACAGAUAUGCAAUGGAAAAACCAACUUCCACAUUCACAUCCAGACAUAAAGGGAAUUCAGCACUCUUCUACUUGGGGUGGUCAAAGACAUACUUUGUCUGUGAUGAAUAAUGUACCUAAUAAUGAACCUGGAGCACCUUUCUUCAAUCAACAAGGUUUGAGAUAUGGUGCUAAUGAAGAACAUUUAGACAGGCAAGAGACUGAGAGGCCUAAAGAGGCUCUGCCGACACUGGACUCAGAUAACAGUGUUCUUGAUCUGCAGCAGUUACGAGCACAGCAUUUGCGACAGCACUCAUCUAUGAGAAACCAUCCUCCAACUGCUGUAGAGUGGCAGAAUGGCCGACCAAUAACUGAGGACAUUGUAAAGGACGAUGUGCAUCAAAGAAGGAUAUCAGUGCCCAGUCCACGAGUCCCUUCUGGGCCUAUGGUACAGUCACCGAUGUCCUCAAAAUUGGGGGAGAUCUCAUCUGGUUCUUUAGCUGGACAGUUCAGUGGUGUUAGAACUGUUUCUGUUUUGGGUGUGCAAAAGGAUAAGUUAACAGCAAUCAAUAAUGCCAGUGUUAGUAAUAUGAAUGUGCCACUAGCUGCUAACAGCCCAUCAACUGCAGCUGCUCCUAUGGGAGAUCAAGUCAUUCUUGAGCGAUUUGUGAAAAUUGGUGUGGUGGCCCAGAGACACCAACUCAAUGUCAAGAAGAACAAAGUUGAUCAUUAUUCUGCAAGGGAAACAGUACAGUAUUCUACUCAGCAACUUGCAUUUUAUCUCUCUGAUUCAUUCAAUUGUGAGGACUACACAGACCACACAAAACCCAUGUCGAGGUCUCUAAUUGGUGGGUCAACUACUACCUGUAAGGCCAGAUCAAUGAGCUUCAUGCGCAAUGAAGAGAUGUAUCAAGUCCCUACGAGGUUGUUAAUGACUGAGAAGCCCUUUGAUGGCACAGUAUCAAUGCAGUAUGGAUUUAUGGAUGAUUCUGUUAUUCACGAUUACCAACUGACAUUACCCACAAAUCACCAUGCAGAUCUGCUUGCAGCACAGUUUGGUCUACUGAUGGAGCGUGAUGGAUAUCAGAAAACUGAUGAUCAAAUACGACCAAUACCAAUCCGCAUGGUUGCUCCAAACAAAUUGGCCCCAGUUUCAGGAAUGUUACUAGAUAACACUGCAUCUCAAAUGAAACAACCAGAAUUAGCUACUGGUCAGCCACUGCAAGUAGCUGCCCCAGCUAUGGCCAAUGGCAUGGUGCCUAUGAAUGUUUCCCAGAACCCUUCCAACCAUGCAAGGAUGCUGACAUCUGUAAACAACAGCCAGGCAUUGGGGAUAUCACAAGGUUAUAUUCCAGGGACUGCUAUACCGACCAGGAUGCAGCAAGUUGAUCAAUAUUUGUUUCAACAGCAGCAGCAACAACCACCAUGGCAACAACAGCAGCUGCAGCCCACCACACAAUCACGGUUGCAACAACAACAAAAACUUCCAUUCACUCAUGUUCACACAUCCUCUCCACCGCUCACUACGAAUCCACUCUCUCAGAUAAUGAAUCAGACAUCAAAUCUGCCAAUGAGCACUAAUCAGAUGGUAAAGCCAUCACCAUUGCAGCUACAGAUGCUGCAGCAGCAGGCAGGACAGCAACAGCAGCCACAGAUUUCAAGGAAGGUGAUGUUGGGGAUUAAUCAAAAUAUUAGCAUGGGAAAUGUGGGAAACAAUGUGAUGAGUCUUGGUCUGAGCAAUGUCAUAGGCAUUGGUGGCCCACAUGGUGUAUCUUCCCCUACAGGGUCUAUUUCGGGCUCAGGCAACAUUAGUCCUCACGAGAUGAACCUUGCAUCUGCGUCCAAUUUCAGUCCAGGUCUUCGUCCAAGUUCUCUUUCACAUGCUCAAGCUGCUACUGCUGCAGUGGCAAUAAAGCUGAGGAUGGCACAGCAAAAUAGAGCAGGGCCAUAUGGUCAGUCUGGGAUUGCUGGUAUACCAGGAAAUACCAACCAGAUGCUUCCCAUCUCAACAGGCCUGCCUGUGCUGGGUGCACUUAACCGAGCAAAUUUGAGCUCUUUACAACUGAAUGCAAUGCUGCCUAUGGGUCCUCCUAAAUUAUCUGGAGCGAAUUUUUACCUAAAUCCUCAGCAGCAGCUUCAGCACCAACAAUUACAGCAACAGCAGCAGCACCAAAUGCAACAAGUAAGCUCUCCAUUGCAACAGCCACAGGUUGGCUCUCCGCCAAUGGUGGGUUCCCCAUCAGUGAUGGUGAUGCAGCAUCAGCAUAUCAGCCCUCAACAACUGAGCCAACAGACUGCAAUGAGUCCCCAGCAGUUAAGCUCUGGUGCAUUUCAGCCUACUAAUAACAGUGGUAAUCCAGUGGCUGGACCUGCUAGCCCCCAGUUGAGCUCGCAAACGCAUGGGUCUGUUGGUAGCAUCACAAGCUCCCCCCAUGGAUCAGCUUCAAGGUGUAAAUAAAGCUGGUUCAGCCAGCCAUAUUUCAGUUGGUACAAAUGGGAGUAUGCAUGGAUUGAUGACCUUCAUGAUUAAUUGACUCAACCUCAACCUUCAGUCCAGGCAUAAUCUUUGUGAGAACGGAUGUGGGGUUCGAUCAGUGGUUAACUCAGCACUUUGGAUAGUAGGUUGCAACCUCUUCAAACUGCAUGUAAAUAAUCUUUCAAGUCAUGGCACAAAUUUUAUAGGAUGUGAAACUCUGAUUUGUUAUUCAAUGUGUGUACAUUUAA